AUGGCCGCAUCUCCGACGGGCCGUUGCCGAUGCCCAAUUCCACAUUCUAGAGGCGCGGCAUUGGCGGAUCUAGCCGAUUCUCGGCGACCUUCCUCCGUCCGCGAUUCUCGAGACCCCGCGCCGGCGCUGUGUCAAGAGAGCCGCUCAGCUGACGCCAACCUUGCUCGGCUUGCUAGAGUGCAUGUCAACUGUCCGUGGGGUCCCAGUGACCUCAGCGACCUGGUCGCGACCUAUCGCAAGCACAAGGCGGCCGUUCACGGGCGAGACAUCCUUGAACCAGUUAGACCUUGCGAGUGCACCCGAGACGGCCGAAAAAAUCCACGAUCCAUCGCGCCGCUCAUAUCGGGCCAGACGUAUCAUUAUCCUAUUAUUAUAAUUCUCGCUAGCUUCGCCCCGCGGCGCGCCCGUCUCCUGGGACCUCCAAUCUCGGCAAACUUGUUACGGAGUAUGGGUCUGGGACAUCCGAUGUUGGCCAAAGCCGCGACCGCCGAGCAUCCGCAAGAAUUUAAGCAGCCCGAUGCAUAUGUUAAGUUGCGCUGCGUGUGCGCAUUACGUGUAUCCGGCGGGCACUGGGCGCCAUUGUCCGCCGGAUGUCUUGUGGUCGCGCGCAAUUUCACAAACUCCUCGCUCGCA